ACGGCCUCCGUGGCGCAGUGGUAUGCGCGGUGGAUUUACAAGACGGAGGUAAUGGGUUCGAUCCCCGGCUGGGCAGAUUGAGAUUUUCUUAAUUUGUCCACGUCUGGCUGGUGGGAGGCUUCGGCCGUGGCUAGUUACCACCCUACCGGCAAAGACGUACCACCAAGCGAUUCAGAUUCACGAUAAAAUAAUAAAACAUGUUAAUUUAUACAUUUAUUAAUUGAAUUUAAAUUUAAACUACACAAAAAAUCAAAGUUUUGUAUCUGUUAUGUAAAAUAUACGUAACAUUAAAAAAACUAUAAAUAAAAUAACAUAAGCAAUAAGUCAAUAUUUUUAAGUGAGAAGGAUGAACCUGAUGCUUUAAUAAAAAAAAGAAUUAGCAAAAUCCAUCUAUAAACGACGAAGUUAUGCGCGAACACACAUAAAAAAAAUUUAUAUACGGUCGAAUUGAGAAACCUCCUCCUUUUUUUGAAGUCGGUUAAUAAAGAUAUAAGAUAAUAUGAUGUAAGUAAAUAGGUACUACCAGUGUAUGUGUUAAGAUCCAUUACCGUGGACCCCCAUUUUCAUUUCAUGGACCGUCAAAUUAUGUUUCGCUGACGUAGACCCCUUGCAGGUUGUCAUAGACCCCUAGGUGUCGACAUAGACCACUUUGGGAAUCACUGCUUUAAAUAAUAGAAGUCUUAUAAUGGACAUAGGAAUCUUGUAAGGUUCAACAAACAACACGGUCUUCAGCCGCUUGCAUCUAACGGGUCCCUACAAUUCGAAACAUCAUCAAUCCAUCUAGUAAGCGGCGACCAAAACUGCACUUUCGGUGCGAUGUCGCCAUUCCAGCACCUUUGAACCCAACAUCCAAGGCUCUGCGAAUGAUGUGCCCUGUCCAUUGCUUCAGUUUCGCUACUCGUUGAUCCAUGACGAUGGUUUUGGUACUGUUCGGAUCUCUUCAUUUCCGAUUUUGAUCACGAAAGUUAGUAUAAAUUAUGAAUUUAAAUUAUAAUUAGGUUAGAUUUUCUUUUUUUUUUAUUAUUAAUAUUACUUAGUCAAGAUAUAUCCGAAUUACAUAUUACGUUCAAAAUAUUAUUUCUGGGUUAAUUUUCGCCCUUGUAACUCGGCACUAUUACCUGCAUGUAUCGUCAAACACUUGUGUAAACACUGUACGAUCCAUACAAUUCAGUUUUAAUAAAAUCAGUAGUCUUUAAACACUUGUACGUAUAUAUAUCUGUUAGAAUUAUAAAAUGUAUCCUUUAAUUGCAUUAAUCGCGAUAGCUGCAAGCGUUAGCAAAAUACACGCAGAGUUGGAAUUUUACGAACAAGAUCUAAACUUCAGAGUGGACGCCGGUACCAGGACGUGUUUCUUCGAGAAAGGCGCAGUUGGCCAAACCAUGGAGCUGUACUACCAAGUGCUGGACGGCCAACACGGAGACUUGGACAUAACAUUCGAGGUGACAGACCCCGAAGGCGCCAAACUGGUGUCCGAUUACAAACAAUCACAAAACUCGAUCAUAAUGGAAUUACAACACGACGGUGACUACGUAUUCUGCUUGGACAACACUUACAGCAUAAUGAAUUCGAAACUAGUGUUCGUAUACGUAGUUAUUGAACACAAGGUGACCGACCAGGGAGACGGGGUAGUGUCAUCAGUGGACGCUGAUGGCAAAGAACACGGGGAAGAGGAAAUACUCGAAUGGAUAGGAGUGGAUGAAGGGGGGAAGAACUAUACUAUGACAGUCACGAAGAUAAUAGACCACUUGAAGAGGAUGCUGAACCACGUGGUGCAUGCCCGCCAUAUGCUAGACAUGUAUGGAGCGAGUAAAUCUCGCGACAGUUACUUGGCGCUGGAAGACACUUUCAUAGUCGACGUGUGGUCCAGCUUCCAGAUCUUGUUCAUGAUUUGCGUGGGAACUACACAGGUGUAUAUGAUAAAGAGGUUGUUCGCCUCGCCUGUUGUAAAGUGUUGAAUGUCCUUGCGUAAGGUUAAUUAUAAAAAGAUAUAUGAUUGUAUGUAACAUCUAUAAUAAAUAAAAAUCAAUUAUGUACGAUCAAAGUUUGGACCGAUAUUGAUGAAUAUUUUUGCGUGUUUAAAUGGAUAUUUAAUGAUGUAGCUAAUUUACUCGAUAUUAAAUUAAUUUUUAAUAUA